GGCCUUUCCCCCUCCCCCACCCCUCCACGAGCAGACGCGGGGCCUCGCUGUCCCGCGCGCCGCUGGCGGGCGAAGGGGCUGCCGGGAGUUUCUCUCGCGCGCGCCCUUCUCGCUGUGAGGGAAAGAGGACGCGGGGCUUUUUCUCCCGUCUAACGGGCGGCGAGGGGGGGGGGUGCUCUUUCGCGCAACAUGCAGGCGACACGGUGGCGGCGGCUGCUACUGAAGAGAUUCCCCGCAAGCUGCGGGGCGUUUCUCUGGAGCCGGCCUCUCUAUGCCUUCGCCCAGCCUCAGCCGCCUCACCUCGUCGCUUGCCAGCUUCCAGAGAUGGCGUGCGAGUCUAUUAGCAGGCGCGUGGUAGUGAUGGCGGCUUUCAGGGAGACUUUUCCUGUCACUGGAUACUGUUCCUACUACCGGCGGCGGCGGGAGCAGCUUCUAAGUAGCCCCGCUGCUGCUUCCAUGCUGCACAGCCCUUCUGCGGGAGGGGCCAAAGGGAAGUCUUGACCAACUCACCGCCUUCCUCCUCUUCCUCCUCCCCUCCCUUUCCUAGCUGCCUGCAGCGGCGGGAGUCUCGCGGCCACGCCGCCCCCGCCGUCACCACCAUGGGCUUUUUGGACAGGCUGAGGAAAGACUGGUUCAUUCUCGGAAUAGUCCUGGUCAUCACGGUGGCCAAGCUGGAGCCGGCCUUUGGGGUGAAAGGGGGACCACUGAAACCAGAAAUCACCAUCACAUACAUAGCUGUUUCAGCUAUAUUCUUUAACAGUGGGCUCUCGUUGAAAACUGAGGAGCUGACAAGUGCUUUGAUGCAUGUGAAAUUGCAUCUUUUUGUCCAGAUCUUCACACUUGUAUUCUUCCCAACAGCAAUAUGGCUAUUUCUUCAGCUGUUAUCUAUCACACCUAUAAAUGAAUGGCUUUUAAAAGGUUUGCAGACAGUAGGCUGCAUGCCACCUCCUGUGUCUUCAGCAGUGAUUUUAACCAAAGCUGUUGGUGGGAAUGAGGCAGCCGCGAUAUUUAAUUCAGCAUUUGGAAGUUUUUUGGGCAUUGUGAUAACUCCCUUGCUCCUGCUGCUUUUUCUUGGAUCCUCCUCCUCGGUGCCUUUCUCAUCUAUAUUCUCACAACUGUUCAUGACCGUUGUAGUUCCACUCAUAAUUGGACAGAUUGUCCGAAGAUACAUCAAGGAGUGGCUUGAGAGAAAGAAGCCUCCGUUUGGUGCUAUUAGCAGCUGUGUGCUCCUGAUGAUCAUCUAUACAACGUUCUGUGAUACUUUUUCCAAUCCAAACAUUGACCUUGACAAGUUUAGCCUGAUUAUAAUUGUUUUCAUAAUAUUUUCAGUUCAGCUGGGAUUCAUGAUGUUAACUUUCUUCUUCUCUACAAGGAAGAAUUCUGGUUUCACACCAGCAGAUACAGUGGCUAUUAUCUUCUGCUCUACGCACAAAUCUCUGACUUUGGGAAUACCAAUGCUGAAGAUAGUAUUUGAAGGCUAUGAACACCUAUCCUUAAUCUCAGUCCCUUUACUUAUCUAUCACCCGGCUCAGAUUCUCCUUGGUAGCGUGUUGGUACCAACAAUAAAGUCUUGGAUGAUUUCUAGACAAAAGGCACUGAAAUUAACAAAGCAGCCCAAGAUGCCAGUGAAAGUUUAACAGCGGAAGAGAUCCAAUGAAUGUAUAUAUGUACUAUUUUGUACAUACACAGAGACAAUUCAGAAGAUGGGCAUAUGUGAAUGUUGCUUCGGCAUUUAUUUUAUUUUUUAUAGAUACAUAUAUAUAUAUAUAUAUAUUUAAAAUACCUACUGAAGUGCCUUAAAAUAUAUUUGACAAAAGCAUUGAUUCCAAAAUCACAUGGCUGCUUGGUGUAAGAGGUUGCACUAAAGUUUGGGGUCAUUUGAUUUUUUUAUUUGAUUUUUCUUAUUGAGUGAAUAGUUCAGACAAUGAGAGACUGGAGCUUCCAUCCUCACACCUUCUCAGAGGAAGUGGGCACAAGCCACCAAGUGUUUCUUACUCUCACAUAAGCUCCACUGAACUGAAUGAAGUCAGAACGAGAGCCGUGCUCUGCAGAUUCUGCUCACCAUUCACGUGCAUAUCUGCUAAUCCCAGGCCAAAACAAACCAGGGGCAACCAACACUCUUCUGGCUGACAGCAGGAAAGCAAUUUCUGAAGUUCUCGUCAAGAUUAACUUGAAUUUCUGUGUGAUUCCGUAACCCUCCCUGCUCCUAUGAUUAUGACAUGCCUUUUUCUUCUAAGUUUGUGUACACUCAGCAUGGGGCCAUCCAUUGGAGAGAAAAGGAGAAGCAUAAAUUAUUUGCAUUUGUUGACACCGUUGUCUAGACAUUCCUUCAAAGCUAAUGGUUUCUCAAGGCAAUUCUCUGCAUUCCAUUUUUAUGAUUUUAUGGCAUUGUAUAUCUUAAAUGCAUUGAGAGCAUCUUCAAAGAGAAGGCCCGGUGCUUACGGUUGUAAGGGAAGAUCUGUGAUCUACAAGUGCAGCUAGGAGGGUUUUUAUUAGUAGCAUUAGUAUUACUGGUGUUAACCCAAACUGAGCUAAAAGAUUCCCCCUCUUUCCCCAAAUUCAGUACACCAUACCCCACAGCGACAGAAGAAUAUCCGAUGCUAAUAUUCGCUUUACUGUCGCUUGCAGAGUGGUGUUCUUUGCAGCACACGCAAGCUAGUGAAAAUGAAAACCUAAUUCUGUAAUUAGAUAUUUUCCACAGAAAACAUAUAUUUGUGUACUCUUUAAAUGUUUGAAAGCACUGGUAUAAAAAGGGGGCGGUAUUUCUGGUCAAUUUGGCUGCUGUAGCUUAUGUGGGUAUUUUUUAAAGAUUAAAUAUGUUGAGUUUUCUUUACACUUUAUAAAAGAGAUAAAGUGCAGUAUGUUAAUGAUAUACACUUACCGGGGAGUAAUUCCCUCAUUGGAAUUUACUUCCAUUCCUGAUAGGAAUUUACAUAGGAUUGCAUUGCUAGUAAGCAGUGUACCUUAUUCAUGUCAAUUGCCUUUAGGCUAAGGCAGGCUUCCUCAACCUCGGCCCUCCAGAUGUUUUGAGACUACAAUUCCCAUCAUCCCUGACCACUGGUCCUGCUAGCUAGGGAUCAUGGGAGUUGUAGGCCAAAAACAUCUGGAGGGCUGAGGUUGAGGAAGCCUGGGCUAAGGGGUAGUCAACCUUUUUAUACCUACCGCCCACUAAUGCAUCUUUCUUGAAAAAAUUUCCUUACCGCCCACCAGUGCUCAAUGGAAGGAGGAUUCAGCUUGUGCCGUAGAACCCCCUACCGCCCACCUAGAAUCCUGAAACGCCCGUUAG